AUGCUGAAGAAUGUCCCAGCCCAUUUGGAAAGCAGCCUCGAGCUCAUUAGAUGUAUCGAAGCUGGCGACCUCACCACAAACAAACAGCUACCAUAUCCAUGCAGCUUCGAUGUGGUAUCCCUAUACACCCCAAUACCAAUACAAGAAGCCAUCACCAACGCCACAGAUAGAAUCCAGAACCCAAUACUCCACCUCUCUAAACAACACAUCUCAGACCUCCUCCAAGUCACGCUAAAUAACAUGUACUUCUCCUUCAAAGAUCGAGUUCUUCGCCAAAGAGAAGGCCUACCCAUGGGCUCUAACAUCUCAGGUAUACUGGCCAUCCUGUUCAUGGACAAACUAGAAAGCAUCGCCCUCACCUCACACCUAAUGAUAAGCCCCUACAAGAGAUAUGUUGACGAUAUUUACCUCCAGACAACCAAUGAAGAAACAGCAGAUCACUUCCACCAUGUAAUAAACAAUUUACACCCUAAUCUGAGAUUUGAAAAUGAAAAAUUGAAAAACCAGAAAACACCCAAUGGCAUGUCACUAUCAUUGCUCGAUUUCAAAGUCACCAUAUCCAAGGAUGGCAACAGCUCCUUCGAAUUCUACCAAAGACCAGCCAAGAAACCACUAUUCGUCCACUAUCAAUCAGCUAUCCCCACCAAAUCCAAACUCGCCUCCAUCCGCAACGAGCGAAAACGCAUCGAGGACAGAUGCUCCUCACAUAUAUCUGCAACACAACACCUAAACGCAUUCGACGGCAUCCUUCGCCUCAACGAUUACCCAGAGAGCAAUAUAGAACAAUCAAAACACCCACAGCACCCUCAAAGCAACUCUCAGCCUGCCAACACAGAAUGGUCGUACCUCAAGAUCUCAUACAUUUCUGAACGACUAAAUCAUAGGAUUUCCAACAUCUUUAAGAAAGAAAACAUCCCGAUACGCAUUUCCCACAAGUCCUUUACCCUCAGACACGCCCUAUCCCAAACCCCCAAAGUACGCAAAUGCACCAGAGACAAGUGCCCCAUCUCUAACACCGGAUUAUGUUUACGACGAAACGUGGUAUACCAGCUCACAUGUAACAGCUGCAAACAACAAUACAUUGGUCGUACGAAACGCUUCAUCCAAGACCGCGUAAGAGAACAUCUCAACAAUGGAAACUCGUCCGUGAAAAAACAUAUCUACUCAUGCCAAAACAAAGACCAUGAAAGCAUUGAUGUCGAGAUCUUUAUGAAUGAAAACGACCCCGCCAAAUCUACGCCUGUACGAAGCAUUUUCCAUUAG